AUGGCCGCAACACACGGACGAAAACCCACCACCGACGACAGCAUCUUCGAGCCUCACAUCCUGCGCGGCAACCUCACCGACCAAGUGCAGGCCUUCUCCGACUGGGCGGCGGCCCCGAAAUUCCGCAUCCUCGACACCAUCAAGCACGACCACCGCGAAAUCACCUCCUUCUACGAGCUGCUACUCAAGGCCACCGAGCCCGACGACGCAACAAAGUGCCAGAACCAGUUCGUCUGGGAGCUCGCCCGCCACGCCGUGGCAGAGGAACUCGUCGUCUACCCGGCGAUGGAGAAGUAUCUCGAUGGCGGCAAGGAGAUGGCGGACCGGGACCGUGCGGAACAUCAAACUGUCAAAGAACGGCUCAAACUCUUCCAGGACCUCAAAUCCACCGACCCGCGCUUCCUGCCCACCCUCACGUCGCUCAUGGCCGAUCUGAAAGAACACAUGAUGAGCGAGGAGGCAGAGGAUAUCCCGCGGCUGGACAGCGCCCUAUCCGAGGAAGAGAGCGUGGGCCUGUCGCAGUCGCUCAACCGGACCAAGAUAUUCGUGCCGUCGCGCAGCCAUCCGUCCGCGCCGUCCGCGCCACCCUUCGAGACUGCCGUGGGGCUGCUGACGGCGCCGUUAGACCAUAUCGCGGAUGUGUUUCGGAAGUGGCCAUCGUAG